AUGUCUCACAUUGUCUCAUUGCGUAGUGCAUCAUUACGAGCACUACGAUCAAAUUCAACAACUCGAAUAGCUAUUGCAGCUGCAACAAAAUGUCCAACCUAUUCACAUCGAUCGAAUUUACAUCAACAACAAUGUUCAUUUUCGACUAUUCCUCAAUCACCAACUCGAAUUUUAUCAACAAAGAAUAAUAGAUUUACAAAACGAACACUUUCUGAUGAAACAUUCUUUAUUGAUUCACGUCAUGGUGGUGUAUACGCAUUGACCCGAUGCCUUCAUACAAGUCCAAUCCUUUUCGACUCAGUGAAGGUUGCAACACCAUCAUUUCCUGAAUCGGUUAAAGAUGGUACAAUUCGUUUUUUAAAAAAAGUAGGCGAUAAAGUAUCUGCCGAUGAAACAAUUGCUGAAAUUGAAACUGACAAAACAAAUUUAAGUGUUAAUGCACCAACAGGAGGUACAAUUGAAUCUUUACUUAUUAACGAUGGAGACAAUGUAGUAUCCGGUGCUCAAGUAGCUGUAAUUAAUACAAGUGGUGAUAGUGCUAAACCAACACCAGCUGCAGCAGAACAAGAAAAAGGCAAACCAGCUGAGAAUGCAAAAACCAAAGAAGAACCAUCUAAAGUAUCCUCUGAUACCAGUGGUCCAGCUCCAAAAACAACACCUUCUGUACCAGCUGUACCCAAAGGUCCACAACGUGAAACACCAACAUCACAGAUCUCAGUUACACCUGCUAAAGCAUAUCAAGCACCAAGUAUGAGCGGAAUUGAUCCAAAUAAAAUUACUGGUACACGAUCAGAAACACGAGUUAAAAUGUCUCGAAUGCGUUUGAAAAUUGCUGAACGUCUUAAAGAAGCUCAAAAUACUUGUGCAAUGUUAACAACAUUUAAUGAAAUUGAUAUGAGUAAUAUCGUCGAAUUUCGUAAAAAAUAUGCUGACCAAUUUCUUAAACGUCAUAAUUUAAAAUUAGGAUUUAUGUCAGCUUUUGUUAAAGCAUCAGCAUGUGCUCUUGUUGAUAAUCCUAUUGUCAAUGCCGUUAUUGACGGAAAUGAAAUUGUCUAUCGAGAUUAUGUUGACAUUAGUGUUGCUGUUGCUGCACCAAAAGGUUUAGUUGUACCCGUACUUCGAAAUGUUGAAAAAAUGAAUUAUGCUGAAAUUGAACGAACAAUUAAUGAAUAUGGUGAAAAAGCAAAAAAAGGUUCACUUGCCAUUGAAGAUAUGGAUGGUGGUACAUUUACAAUUAGUAAUGGAGGAGUAUUUGGUUCAUUAUUUGGUACACCAAUUAUAAAUCCACCACAAUCUGCUAUUCUUGGUAUGCAUGGCAUAUUUGAUCGACCAGUAGCUGUUAAUGGCAAAAUCGAAAUUCGUCCAAUGAUGUAUGUAGCACUUACAUAUGAUCAUCGUAUAUUGGAUGGACGUGAUGCAGUCCUAUUUCUCCGAAAAAUCAAACAAUAUGUCGAAGAUUCACGUUCAAUCUUUCUCGAUUUAUAA